AUGAAUAUAACGAUUGAAUUUCAAUCAAUCAUUCAUCAUUGUUCAGUAACAUCUUCAUCAACAUUAACCAUAACUACGAUUAGUACUAGUACGACAACUGCAAAGUCUCCUGUCUUAUAUCGAUGUACUACAACAUCAACAUGUGGUUAUAGUAGUACUCCUGAAUCUUUAACACCAUCACGUAUAGUUGGUGGUGAAAAUGCUUUGAAAUCAAGUUUGCCAAUGAUAAUUUCAAUGCGUUGA